CAGAUACCCUCUGAAGUUUUAUGCCUGCUGUGUUUCUCUCUUUGCUGCAACAAGAGGAGCCUUUUCUUUUAACCUGCAUGCCUUUGAAGAAGUGACUCAGCAUAUUCAUGGCCUCUAAAGAUGCACAGAACCAAAGAAGCAGAAGUCUGCCUGGUUUUCUUCCGGGAGCUUCAGACCCAGACCACGGCCUUCACAUCUCACCUUCCAAUCCAGGGAACCAAGUGUGGCAGCAGGGUCCCCCUCCACCAGGGAGUCUCCCUCCUGGUCUAGAAUAUUUAAGCCAGUUAGACCUGAUAAUUAUACACCAGCAGGUGGAGCUUCUUGGAAUGAUACUUGGCACUGAGACCUCCAACAAAUAUGAGAUUAAAAACAGCUUGGGACAAAGAAUUUACUUUGCAGUGGAGGAAAGCAUCUGCUUCAAUCGUACUUUCUGUUCCACACUGAGAUCUUGCACUCUGAAGAUCACCGAUAACUCAGGUCGAGAGGUGAUUACAGUCAACAGGCCUUUGAGGUGUAACAGCUGCUGGUGCCCUUGCUACCUACAAGAGUUAGAAAUCCAAGCCCCUCCUGGUACUAUAGUUGGUUAUGUUGCACAGAAGUGGGACCCCUUUCUGCCUAAAUUCACAAUCCAAAACGCAAACAAAGAAGAUAUUUUGAAAAUUGUUGGUCCUUGUGCAACAUGUGGCUGUUUUGGCGAUGUGGAUUUUGAGGUGAAGACCAUUAACGAAAAGCUUACAAUUGGGAAGAUUUCAAAGUACUGGUCAGGAUUCGUAAACGAUGUCUUCACCAAUGCUGACAACUUUGGAAUUCACGUUCCUGCGGAUCUAGAUGUGACAGUCAAAGCAACCAUGAUUGGUGCUUGUUUUCUCUUUGAUUUUAUGUUCUUUGAACAUUCGCUUGCUGGAUUAUAACAAGCAAGAUGACAAAAACAAUAAAAUAUACAGAACAGAUUUCAAAAUCCCCUGGGCUCUGAAUUUCAUUUCUGAAUGGCUUGAGUAUUGGC